AUGGGUACGUUAACAAUUCUUAUUACAUAAAAAACAGUCAGAAAAUAAGCUUUUGUACUUGAUGCUUAUGUACCAAUAUAACAGAAGUUUAAAGACUAAGUAGAUUUGAUCCGAUGGUCUUCAGAUAUUUUUUGACUAAUGUAAUUUCGCUCGAAGAAUAUUUUACGUAGCUGCGAGGCUGCGAGUAAGUGAUUAAGCAGUAAAUAAAGUUUCACCAUAAAGUAUGUUCUUGUCGCGGCAUCACAGCUGGUGUUGCGUGAAGGGACGUCUCCACGCGGCCGCCACCCGGCGUCGGGCGAAGAAGUACUGUCAGUGCGGAAAAGGAGGCCGACGGUUUAGGAGGCCGAGGUUUUUGAUGUUCAGACGAAAACGACCUGUGUUUCAGGGGUGCACUUUCUGUUCCGGGUCAUACAACUGUUGCCACGAGACUUCGCCAGGACUAAAACGAAAUCUGCCAAACAAGUCCAUACUUCACACUUCGCAAAUUACAUCCAAAUCAAAUCUUACUGAAUGCGCGUGCACUAAAAACCACAACUGCAAUGGGAAGGCGAUUCACCAAUCUGGCAUACAGAACCUCUGUCGGUUUACUGUUGAUGCAUACUUUACAUGAUAAAAAGUAAUACCACUACUAAA